UCUAUGCAAGCUCGCCAAUCUUGCAACGACUUUCCCCACUCCUUCUUCCCGCCACUGUCUUUCCAUGUGCGCCGCGCAUACAGCUCUCUCCCGAGCGGACUGCGCACGCAGGCGGGGUGGGGAGAUAACCGCUUGAAGCCCACCAUGGAAUAGGAAUACUAUCCUGGACAAAACAUACAGUACACGGAGAAAACCUUCCUCUCUUUUUUUUCUGCCGUCUUUCCCUCCUUCCUCCCUGUCAAUGUAUCGCAACACUUUUUGAGGGGACCCGAGUGAAGAAACAUGAGGAUUAAUAUUUUCUCUUGGUACUUUCUGGGCUUGUGUUCCGUCCUUUGGGGUUUGACGACGGGAGCGUUCCCCAGCUCAGUGCAGAUUGGCGGCUUGUUCAUUAGGAAUACUGAUCAGGAAUACACUGCCUUCCGACUAGCUAUCUUCCUUCACAACACCAGCCCCAACGCUACGGAAGCCCCCUUCAACCUGGUCCCACAUGUCGACAAUAUUGAGACAGCCAACAGCUUUGCAGUCACCAAUGCAUUCUGUUCUCAGUAUUCAAGGGGAGUCUUUGCCAUAUUCGGCCUUUAUGACAAACGCUCAGUCAACACGCUGACAUCAUUCUGUGGGGCCCUGCACAUCAGCCUGGUGACACCCAGCUUCCCCACCGAAGGAGAGGCUCAGUUCACCCUGCAGCUGAGGCCAUCCAUCAGAGGGGCAUUGCUUUCCCUUUUGGACCACUAUGACUGGACCCGAUUUGUCUUCCUCUACGAUACAGACAGAGGUUAUGCAAUCCUGCAAGCAAUCAUGGAGAGAGCGGGGCAAAAUGGCUGGCAGGUGAGUGCAAUCUGUGUGGAGAGUUUCAACGAGGCUGGAUAUCGCCGACUUCUAGAAGACCUGGACCGACGUCAAGAGAGGAAGUUUGUCAUUGACCUGGAGCCAGAGAGACUACAGAGCAUGCUAGAACAGGCAGUCAGUGUGGGAAAACACGUAAAAGGUUAUCACUACAUCAUAGCAAACCUGGGAUUUAAAGACAUUUCUCUGGAAAAGUUCAUGCAUGGUGGUGCCAAUGUGUCUGGUUUCCAACUAGUGGACUUCAGCAAGGCUAUCGUCAUUAAACUGAUGCAGCGGUGGAACAAACUCGAUCAGAGAGAAUAUCCUGGAUCAGAGAGUCCACCCAAGUAUACUUCAUCCUUAACCUAUGAUGGUGUGCUCGUAAUGGCUGAAGCCUUUCGCACGCUCCGUCGUCAAAAAAUUGACAUAAGUCGACGGGGAAAUGCUGGCGACUGCUUGGCCAAUCCCGCUGCUCCAUGGAAUCAAGGAAUAGAUAUGGAACGAGCACUCAAGCAGGUGCGCAUUCAGGGCCUGACUGGCAAUAUCCAAUUUGAUCACUUUGGUCGGAGGAUCAAUUAUACCAUGGACGUGUUUGAACUGAAAAGCAACGGACCACGCAAGAUCGGUUACUGGAAUGACAUCGACAAACUUGUCUUGGUCCAGAAUGAAAAUUCCUUGUCCAAUGACAGCUCAGCGAUGGAGAACCGGACUGUAAUCGUGACAACGAUCAUGGAGGGCCCCUAUGUGAUGCUGAAGAAGAACUGGGAGCUAUAUGAAGGCAAUGACCAGUAUGAGGGCUACUGUGUGGAUCUGGCCUCAGAGAUCGCCAAGCACAUUGGAAUCAAAUACAAGAUCUCCAUUGUGCCUGAUGGGAAAUAUGGAGCCAGAGAUCCAGAGACAAAGAUAUGGAACGGGAUGGUGGGCGAGCUUGUUUAUGGGAAAGCAGAGAUCGCAGUGGCCCCACUUACCAUCACUUUGGUUAGAGAAGAGGUGAUCGACUUCUCAAAGCCUUUCAUGUCUCUGGGAAUCUCCAUCAUGAUUAAGAAGCCUCAGAAGUCCAAACCAGGUGUUUUCUCCUUCCUGGACCCGCUGGCCUAUGAAAUCUGGAUGUGCAUCGUGUUUGCCUACAUCGGAGUCAGCGUAGUGCUGUUUUUGGUGAGUCGCUUCAGUCCUUAUGAGUGGCAUGCUGAGGAACCAGAGGAGGGCACCACAGAGCAGGGCCCCAACGACCAACCUCCAAAUGAGUUUGGCAUCUUCAACUCCCUCUGGUUUUCACUGGGAGCUUUCAUGCAACAAGGCUGCGACAUCUCACCGCGGUCUUUGUCUGGACGUAUUGUGGGAGGUGUGUGGUGGUUCUUUACCCUCAUCAUCAUCUCGUCUUACACAGCCAACCUCGCUGCCUUCCUGACUGUGGAGAGGAUGGUUUCCCCCAUUGAGAGUGCUGAAGACUUGGCCAAACAGACAGAGAUAGCCUAUGGGACACUGGACUCAGGUUCUACUAAGGAGUUCUUCAGGAGGUCCAAAAUAGCUGUAUACGAGAAGAUGUGGUCGUACAUGAAGUCGGCCGAGCCAACCGUCUUCACCAAAACCACUGCCGAAGGUGUGGCGAGGGUGCGCAAGUCCAAGGGGAAGUACGCCUUCCUCCUGGAGUCCACCAUGAAUGAGUACACGGAGCAGCGCAAGCCUUGUGACACCAUGAAAGUCGGAGGCAACCUGGAUUCCAAAGGAUAUGGAAUUGCUACACCCAAAGGCUCACAGUUAAGAAAUGCGGUCAACCUGGCCGUGCUAAAGCUCAACGAGCAGGGCCUGUUGGACAAAUUGAAAAACAAGUGGUGGUAUGACAAAGGAGAAUGUGGCAGCGGGGGAGGGGAUUCCAAGGACAAGUCGUCUCAGGCCCUGAGCCUGUCUAACGUGGCCGGGGUCUUCUACAUCCUCGUGGGCGGCCUGGGCCUCGCCAUGCUUGUGGCAUUGGUCGAGUUCUGCUACAAGUCGCGGGCCGAAGCCAAACGCAUGAAGCUGUCUUUUUCCGAAGCCAUGCGGAAUAAGGCCCGUCUGUCCAUCACAGGAAGUGUGGGGGAGAACGGCCGCGUUCUAACGCCAGACUGCCCUAAAGCAGUGCACACUGGCCAUGCCACCCUCCGACACCCCGGCCUUGCAGUGGUCUCCACCGGACUGCCCUGAAAACCAAAAAAGAUCCGCUGUGCCUUAGUGACACACCAACAUGCAGACUCACAUUGAAGGAUCACAUCAAUAUUCAUCACCUUAUCCUCAAAUGCCAUACAAUUUUACAUCUUUUCCGCUGCCUCUGACUUAUUUGACUGAAGAAAGUGGAAUAAAUGGGAAACAAUGUUGUGAACAUUGCUGUA